AUGAUCUGUUUUGGAUUUUGUGCAGGUGCUACCCGCAAGAAGCCCGUCAUCGUACCUGAACAUAACGGCGACGGAGGUUCACAUAAUAACGACACAGAGAGAACUCCCGAUGCACCGGAACGUGUCAGCGACCGCCCUGAUAACGACCAUCCUGACGAUGAUGAGCCCAUAUCAGAUAUUACACCGAAUCAGCCCGUCGCUCGACGUAGAACAAAGCUACCUUCAGUACAACAAAGCGUUACGACUGCACGGUCUAGUAACCCACAAGAAGUGCCGGAACGAACUCCCGAUGCACCAGAACGUGUCAACGACCGUCCUGAUGACGACCAUCACGUAGACGAUGUACCCACAACAGAUAUUACACCCACCCGGCCUGCCGCUCGACGUAGUACAAGACUACAUACAGUACAACAAUUCGAUACGACCGCAAAGUCCAGUAACCCAAACCAAGGUGAUGUAAGAGUGCAACGGACUGUUAACGAAAAAGGUGGUACGCAUACACUGGAGGAUACCCGGGCAGUAACCGAUGAUGCGCUCCCGACCAUCCACACGCGAACAUCGCCAGCCAUAUUCGUGAAGGCGGUGUCCGGUCUGUCUGAGGACCAGAGACGUGCAGUCCGCGAUAUGGGAUUUGGAAGCUUGCUCGAUUUGACGAUAACAGCAACACCGGCGAAAAUGGGAUAUUGGCUGAUUGAUAACUUCAACCAUAUUGACCGGAAGCUGCAAUUGUAUGACGGUGGGAAAAUCCAUGUGAAAGAAGACGAUGCAUAUAGAGUGAUGGGUCUGCCCCGUGGGAAUAUUGAGGUCACAAAUCGGAAGAAAAAAACAGAGUCGGAAGCGUUGAAAGAAUGGGCCGAUGUGUACAAUGUCAACAUUGCCACCAAAAUAACGGCUACAAAGGUGUUGGAUAUGAUUCAGAUCUGUGAUAGGAGCGACGACUGGUUCAAACGGCAUUUUUUGGUUCUAAUGAUCACGUGUUUGUUUGAGAGCUCUCAGAACGGGGUGGCGAACUUACGCACGGUUCACUUGCUCGAUGAUUUAUCGAACGUGAGCAAGAUGAACUGGUGUGCGUACAUGAUUCGGUGUCUGGUGGGUGCUAAGAAAUCAUGGUAUGUUAGUCAGAAGCGCAAGAAUUUCACUGGACCUUUGCUAUUUUUGACGCUGUUUUAUGUCGACAAGGUUAUGUUAUCGAUUAGAUCCGUUCCAAGAUCACUACCGAUUUUUAAAUCAUGGAAUAACGGUUUGCUGAAAGCGAGAGAGCGUGACGAGGUUGCGGCUGGUGCAUUUGGGAGAGGAUAUGUUGAUGAUGACAUACAUGGGUCGGAUGGUCAUCACCGUGCCGACAUACAUAGUGGCAGUCCCGUUGGGAAUGACAUGAACU